AAAAGAAAAUGCCUCAAAUUUAAAUAAAUAAAAUUGUGUAUUAAAUGUCCCAAUUCUUACAACCCACCAUCUUGUUAUUGAGAGAAGGCACAGACACCUCAUAAGGUAGAGCUUAAAUAGUGUCUAACAUCAAUGCUGUGUAAGCUGUGGCUGACGUGGUUAAAAGCACACUUGGCCCAAGAGGAAUGGAUAAAAUGAUUCAGACAGGUCCAAAGGUGACCAUUUCUAAUGAUGGAGCAACAAUUCUAAAUCUAUUAGAGGUUGUCCAUCCAGCUGCUAGAGUGUUGGUCGACAUUGCCAAAUCCCAAGAUGAUGAAGUUGGUGAUGGUACAACAUCCACUACAUUGUUGGCUGCAGAAUUGUUGAAGGAAGCCAAGCCAUUUAUUGAAGAGGGAAUCCAUCCACAAAUAGUGAUUUAAGGAUAUAGAAAGGCUUUGGAAUUGGCAUUAGAGAAGUUAGAGGGAUUCUCAAUAAAUAUUUCUCGAGAUGCUCCAGAAGAGAAGAGAGACACCUUAUUGAAAUGUGCUUAGACAGCUUUGAAUUCAAAAUUAUUAGCCAAUACUAAAUAAUUCUUUAGUGAAUUAGUGGUGUCAGCAGUGGAGAAGUUGGACCCAAAUAUUUUGGAUAGAGAUUUGAUCGGAAUCAAGAAUGUCACAGGAGGAAGUGUAACUGAUUCAUUUUUGGUUGAUGGAGUUGCAUUCAAGAAAACCUUUUCAUAUGCUGGAUUUGAACAAUAACCAAAGAGAUUUGAGAAUCCCAAGAUCUGUUUAUUAAAUUUAGAAUUAGAACUCAAAAGUGAAAAGGAAAAUGCAGAAAUCAGAAUUGAAAAACCAGAAGAAUAUCAAUAAAUUGUAGAUGCUGAAUGGGCAUUGAUCUAUGAGAAAUUAGAUAUCAUUGUUAAAGCAGGUGCCCAAAUAGUAUUAUCUAAACUUCCCAUUGGAGAUUUGGCUACACAAUAUUUUGCUGACAGGAACAUCUUUUGUGCUGGAAGAGUUCCUUAAGAAGAUCUUCUUAGAGUUUAAAAAGCUACUGGAGGUUAAAUUUAAACAACUGUCAAUGGUCUAAAUCCUGAGACUUUUGGAACUUGUGGAUUGUUCGAAGAAGUUUAAGUUGGUGCAGAAAGAUAUAACUUAUUUAAAAAUUGUCCACAAUCUAGAACAGCAACCAUUGUGUUGAGAGGUGGAGCUGAAUAAUUUAUUUAAGAAGCUGAGAGAUCUUUGAAUGAUGCUAUUAUGAUUGUCAGAAGAUGUUUCAAAGCCAACAAGAUCGUAGCUGGAGGUGGUGCUAUCGAAUUGGAAUUGUCUAGAUAUCUUAGACAUUAUGCUAGAUCUGUGACUGGCAAGACAUAAUACAUUGUGAAUUCCUUUGCUAAGGCAUUAGAAGUUAUCCCAAGAACCAUUGCUGAAAAUGCAGGAUUAAACUCAAUUGAAAUCAUGAAUAAACUUAGAUAAAGACAUGCUCAAGGUGGAGAGGAAGGUAGAUGGUAUGGAGUUGAUAUCAAUGGUGCAUCUGGAGUAUGUGAUACACAUUCAUCCUUUGUUUGGGAACCCAGUCUUGUCAAAAGAAAUGCUCUUUGUUCAGCAACCGAGGCUGCUUGUGCAAUUUUAUCUAUUGAUGAAACAGUUAAAAAUCCAAAAUCUGAUUAAGAUACAAAAAUGAAACCUAGGGGAUAACCAGGUAGACCACCCAUGGGAAUGAGAAGAUGAAUGUCAUAUUAAAAAUAACAUAUAUAAAUAUGAAUUGUGUAGCUAA